AUGGUCGCCGACAGCAAUCACCGAUUAUACGUCAAGGGCAAGCACUUGUCUUACCAACGAGGCAAGCGCAACACCAACCCGAACGUCUCUCUGGUGAAGAUUGAAGGAGUCGAAGACACCGAGGCCGCAAAGUUCUACCUGGGCAAGCGCGUCGCAUUCGUCUACCGAGCCUCGAAAGAACGACGGGGCAGCAAGAUCCGAGUGAUCUGGGGCAAGAUUGCUCGACCACACGGAAACAGCGGUGUCGUGCGAGCCAGAUUCAACCACAACCUGCCGCCCAAGAGCUUCGGUGCUAGCGUCAGAGUCAUGCUCUACCCCAGCUCGAUAUGA